CCGUCGCUGCUCCUGCAGCGCUCAAACCCGCUCUCUCUGCAUACUUGCCAUUUCGGCUGCUCUCGUCGCUCCAGGAGUCGGUUUCACGUACCUGCUGCAGGCGGAAGCGGCCCCGAGUCGAGGAGGAUGAUGGUCCCGGAGCCGCUGCGGUCGGCCACCGCCAUCAGGGUCGCGGAGGACACGUCGCUGGCGGUGCCGUCCGACAAGAACGCGAGCAGCCGGCAGCAGCGCGUCCUGGACCAAGUCAGCACCAUCAAGAGGAGCAAGUCCAAACACAGCAAGAACGGCACGCUGGCUCUUUCUCCUACAAGCAAGCCUUCUUCCUCAACUUAUAAAGACUUCAGAACAUCCAAGUUUUCUUCAUUCAAGGUCAAUGGGACGUACGGCAGCAACUCCGGCACGUUAACAGGAAACACCAAAGCGGUGAAUGUUCAGAAGAGUCGUACUCUGUCCUGCAAAAGCGCAUCAGGAAGACAGUACAGCUCUUCAGGGACAUGGGACCAGCAAGGCAAGACUUCAAACUGGCCCCAGAGUCCCGAUGCGCUGAAACCCAGUCGCAGUGAUCCUGCUUUGGGCCCUCCUUUUUCUCCUCCUCCUAAACUGAUAAUGAACGCCCAAGGGCAGAUGGGACAAAGUCAACACGACUUUCAGGUUCGAGAAAAUCGACAGAGCCAAUAUUCCAUGGUCAAUGGCACGAACUACACUAGCAGCCAGACGCGAAUUAUUCGGCCGCCCUCUACCCACUCCCAAAGCGAAGGCAAGAUGGCUACUCUCAAAAUGGCCAAACUGGAGCAAGCAUCACUGGUAAACUCUGUAGUGAGCCUGUCAGGUCUGACCCUAAAGGAGGCAGUGGAGUACCUGUCACAGUCUGGAGAGAAUUACCAGCAGUGCGGAGCCAACUUCAUUCAACACACCACCUUCAAUGAGGAGCGCGCCAAAGAAGAGGUCUUUCAGCUCGGGGGUAUUCCACCUCUGGUGACCCUGCUGUCGAGCCCCAAUCCAGGGGUGGUCUUGGCUGCAGCCGGGGCUCUGAGGAAUCUGGUGUUCAAGAACCAGAACAACAAGAUGGCGGUUGAGAACUGUGAGGGUGUAGCUAAGGCCCUGAAAAUAAUAAAGGAGUCGGAUUCCACUGAGACCCAGAAACAAAUCACUGGCCUGCUGUGGAACCUGUCAUCCGCUGAGGAGCUGAAGGAAGGACUCAUUAACACAGCACUGCCCGUCCUGACUACAAACGUGAUGAUGCCGUUCACCUCCUGGUCAGACGGCAGCACUGACAGUCAUGUGGACCCGAGUGUCUUCUACUUCACCACGGGCUGCCUGCGGAACCUGAGCGGCGGCCAGAUGAAAGAUAGGGAUGCAAUGAGAAAGUGCCCGGGCCUCAUCGACUCCCUCAUGACUUACAUCCAGUCUUGUGUGGCGGAGGAAAACCCUGAUGAUGAGUCCGUGGAGAACUGUACAUGCAUUCUCCAUAACCUGACCUACCAGCUGGAGCAGGAGUGUCCCGAAAGUUUCCGGAUCUACAAUGCUCCGGACAAAGAUGACGCUGAGAGUAAGGAAGACUCCACAGUUGGAUGUUUCAGCCCCAGGAGCAACAAACUGAAAAAGAAGCCUUUAUUGGACCCAAGUCAGGCAUUAUGUGAAGGUGAACCAUCAGGUGCGACGUGGCUGUGCCAUCCAAAGGCCUUAGACGUCUACCUGUCCCUGCUUGGCUCAUCCGAAAAAGACGCCACUCUGGAGGCGAGCUGUGGAGCCCUGCAGAACCUCACUGGCAUUGAAGGAGCGGGAUCCAAAGCUGUGAGCCAGAUCUUGGUUCAAAAGUUAAAGUCUCUGUUUAUCAUGCCAUCUCUGUUGAAGUCCCCUAACCGGACCCUGCAGAAGACUGCCAUGUUCUUGCUGAGUAAUCUGUCCCGCACCAGCAGUUUUAAGACCACGAUGGCAAAGCAGGUAAUGCCAGAGCUCACCGGCCUCCUUUCCUCUGACCCACAUGAAAUGGGAAAUUCAGACGAAACUAUAGCGACAGCUUGCAACACAUUGCGAAAACUGAUGUUGGCAGACAGUGAGGUCAGCAAAAAGAUCAUCAAAGCUGACUUGAUUUAUUCACUGGCUCAACUCAAUGAAAAUGAGGCUCUGCCUAAAUCGGGUAGAGCAGCCUCACUGUUGCUGCACAGCCUGUGGAAUGAGAAGAGUUUGCAAAGCAUUGUGAAAAAGCUGGGGGUCCCCAAAUCCCUAUUUGUCAAUGAUAAAACCGCAGCAGCGCACCAGUCGCUCAUAGUGUCGGAUCCACAAGUUUAAUGACGCACUGCAACAUGAAAGAUGGAAACCAGUAUGAUUAGAGACUGCUGUGGCCACACCCUCGAGAAAAUCUGAUCCACUUCAACACUUCAAUUGUACCACUGUUGAAGGAACAAGUCAAUUCCAGGUCAAUCAUUCAUAGAGACAAGAAAGCCUUUAGAUUCAUGAAUUGUCAUGUGGUGUGCAUAUUUAAUCUGGAAAUGUUUCACUCUGUGUAUAUACCAGUAUGAGCAGGCUGUUGGUAUGUUUGGUGAGUGUGUGCACGUGUGUGCACGUGUGUGUGCGCUGGGAUUCAGCUCUUUUGUUACUUAAGACGCAUAAGCCCAGACGAUGUGGUUAGAGUGAGAUGGGGUAUUAUUUGUUGAGUGUAGGUACAGUUUUAUUAACGUCACCGUCAAACAAUAGCUAUAACAUAAAUGAUUUAUUGAAACUUAGAGAUUAAAUAUUUGAAAAGUAAAAAAAAAAUAUUAUCAAAAGAUUUUGAUCAUAUUUUAAUACCAACAUUUGUGAUAUUGUUGCCAUUAGAUGCAAAUAGACUGAUUUUCUUUUUUUUAAAUUGUCUUCCCCCCAUCUUGAAUGAAUGAGGAUGUGUUGAACAUACCAAUAGAUCUUUAUAUAAACAUAUAAGGGACAUCGAAAACUAAAAAAAUAAUUUCCACAGAUCAAAAACUACUACAUUUCUAUAAUUAAAAUCUAUUUUUUUAUUCUAUUAAUGAAAUAAUCCACAGUGCCUAAGAAUGUAAAUGCAAGUUCUAUGUUGUUUAUGUUUAUGCUUUUUAGUCUCCCUUUUAUUAGGAUUUACUUCAAAUGCCAUUCACUGCUGCAAGUACAGUAGUGUUCAGCAUUGAAAUGUGCACGUUGUAUAUUGUGUUUUUUCCGUUUUUUAUGCUCAAAGACUGGUGUGCUUUACAAGACAACUUUGCAAACAUAAUUUAACUGACUUUCACUCUGUUCAACUGUCAGGUCAUUUGGAGUGGUGGUAUAGUCAGACCUGUCAACACUGACUGAGGUUGUUUGGAGCGGUCAGUGUUGCGCGCUGUGUGCACUCUAUACAUUCUUUGAAUGACUUCAACUGAACUUUUCUUGAAGAUGUGCUAACUUGCAGUAUAUAAUGAAACAUGAGUCACGUAGAUCCUCAGCAUAUUCACACAUGUAUCUUUUCAAAUUCUAAUAGGCCUUUCUUUGUCAUUUUGUUACUUCAAAGUUUACAAAAUGUCUUCUGUAGUUAUCAAACUAGUGCUUGAUUCUUCAAAACAGGUUAGACGUCUUCUAUAAACUCAACUGCUUAACUGCUUGGGUGGGAGUGGUAGUCUAGUGUUUACAGAGGUGAGCUUGGGCUUGAAGGAGCUGGGUUUAAAUCCCCGGGUUUGCAGCAGAGGUGAACCCCUGAGCAAGGGUCCUUUGCUUUGAGGAGGACAAAAGUCAGUAUUGCUUUGAAUGUGUUUUUGUAGAAUUGUGUGGGUGUGACGUACUAGAGAGCAGUGCCUGUAUCUGUUUUUGUACAUUGAAUAAAAACAUUUGCU